ACGUGGGUGAAGAUCUCUCACACAGCUUGACAUGUCCUUAGUUCAAAGGCAGGAACGAGAAAUGGCUUCAGACAUCCCUGGCUCAGUGACGUUGCCCGUCGCCCCCAUGGCGGCCACUGGACAGGUGAGGAUGGCGGGGGCCAUGCCCGCCCGAGGAGGAAAGCGGCGAUCCGGAAUGGACUUUGAUGAUGAAGAUGGCGAAGGUCCCAGCAAGUUUUCAAGAGAGAACCACAGUGAGAUCGAGAGGCGGCGGCGGAACAAGAUGACUCAGUACAUCACCGAGCUCUCGGACAUGGUCCCCACGUGCAGCGCGCUGGCCCGGAAGCCUGACAAGCUCACCAUCCUGCGCAUGGCCGUCUCUCACAUGAAGUCCAUGCGGGGCACCGGGAACAAGUCCACGGACGGCGCCUACAAGCCUUCGUUCCUGACAGAGCAGGAACUGAAGCAUCUCAUCCUCGAAGCAGCUGAUGGGUUUCUGUUUGUAGUGGCAGCUGAGACGGGCAGAGUGAUUUACGUGUCCGACUCUGUCACCCCUGUGCUGAAUCAACCGCAGUCAGAGUGGUUUGGGAGCACCCUCUAUGAGCAGGUACAUCCUGACGACGUGGAGAAGCUGAGAGAGCAGCUGUGCACCUCAGAAAACUCAAUGACAGGUCAGUGUCGCUCUCUCCAUGAAGCUUUCUCCCUAGAAAAUCUUUCCUUAAACAUACCGAGGAAUAACACUGGAACAAAU